AUGUCCAUCGAUCUCAAGGGACUCGUUCCGGCGCCGGUCACGCCUUUCACCAAAGAUGGCGCCGUGGACUACGAGGCCAUUCAGCGCCUCGGGUCUUGGCUCGGCAGCCAAAAGGGCGUCAAAGGCCUUGUGGUCCUAGGGCAUGCGGGAGAAGGCACUUUCCUCACCCAGCAGGAGCAAGUCGACACCAUUAAAGCCUUUGUCAAGUCUGUCAACAACAAGAUCCCCAUCAUAGCCGGCAUCACAGGCGAAGGAACAGAUGUCGCCGCGCAAGAAGCCAAGCGCGCUAAAGAGGCGGGCGCUCAGGCCGGCCUUCUCUACCCGUCUCACGGCUGGCUACGCUUUGGGUACCAGCCCGGCGCACCCCAGGAUCGCUACAGGGUAGUCUACGAGGUCUCGCAGCUACCUCUGAUCCUCUUCCAGUAUCCCGACAAUACAAAGGCCAACUACAGCUUGCAAACCCUCCUCGACAUUUCUGCGCAGCCUGGUGUUAUUGCGAUGAAAAAUGGCGUGAGAAACAUGAGGCGAUGGGAUACAGAGAUUCCCAUCUUCCGCCGGGAGCGACCAAACGUGCCCGUCCUGACCUGCCACGACGAGUACCUCUUGCACACGGUCUUUGACGUGGACGGCAUGCUCGUCGGCUACGGAAAUAUUGCGCCCGAAUCGCUGUACGAGAUGAUUCUGGCCGGCAAGUCCAAGGACUACAAGCGCGCAAGGGAGCUGCACGACCAACUCCUGCCAGUUACCAAGGCAGUGUACCACAGAGGUUCGCAUAUGGAAGGCACCGUGGCUUUGAAGCAUGCCCUUGUUGCGCGGGGAAUUUUGUCGCAUGCGACUUUGAGGUCGCCGCCGAUGCCGCUUCCAGACGGCGCCGAGGCGGAGAUUCACUCUGCAAUCGCCUCCGCAGCGCUCAGCAAAGUUGCAUAA